CUUAUAAUCUCUCUGUCUGUCUUUUCUCACUCUCUCAGAGGUCGUACACUUUGAUUGUGGAAGCCUUGGACUUCAAUAACGAUACAACCACGAGCAAUGGUGGAGGUGAGGUGAUCGAGCGGGCGGUCCAGUCCGGCAUGAUCAACCCGAACCGGCAGUGGCAGAGCCUGAAGCACAACGGGCCCGUGGCCCAGUUCGAGUACCAGAUCCGGGUCACCUGCGACGAGCACUAUUACGGUUUCGGCUGCAACAAGUUCUGCCGGCCGCGCGACGAGUUCUUCGGCCACUACACCUGUGACCACAACGGCAACAAGACCUGCCUGGAAGGCUGGUCUGGCCCAGAAUGCAACACUGCUAUCUGCCGACAAGGCUGCAGUAUGGAGCAUGGGACCUGCAAAGUGCCUGGAGAGUGCAAGUGUCAGUAUGGCUGGCAGGGUGAGUACUGUGAUAAGUGUAUCCCUCACCCUGGCUGUGUGCACGGGACCUGUGUGGAGCCCUGGCAGUGCCUCUGUGACACCAACUGGGGAGGCCAGCUCUGUGAUAAAGAUCUGAACUACUGUGGGACGCGGCAGCCAUGUUUGAACGAAGGCACGUGCAGCAACACGGGGCCAGACAAGUACCACUGCACCUGUCCAGAGGGCUACUCAGGAGUCAACUGUGAGAGAGCGGAACACGCAUGUCUGUCUGAGCCCUGUUUUAACGGAGGCAGUUGUGUGGAGACCAGCCAGGGGUUUGAGUGCCAGUGCUCUCCAGGCUGGACCGGACCCUCCUGCUCCACCAACGUGGAUGACUGCAGCCCUAACCCCUGCAGUCACGGGGGCACCUGUGGCGACCUGGUGAACGGCUUCAAGUGUACCUGCCCCUCCGAGUGGACCGGAAAGACCUGCCUCAUAGAUGCCAACGAGUGUGAGGGUGACCCCUGUGUGAAUGCCAACUCCUGCCGCAACCUGAUUGGUAGCUACUUCUGCGAGUGCCUCCCUGGUUGGAUGGGAAUGAACUGUGACACAAAUGUGAAUGACUGCCAUGGUCAGUGUCUAAAUGGAGGCACCUGUAAGGACCUGGUGAAUGGGUACCGGUGUGUGUGUGCUCCAGGCUAUGCGGGCGACCACUGUGAGAAGGAUGUGAACGAGUGCGCUAGCACCCCCUGUCUGAAUGGAGGGCGCUGCCAGGACGAGGUCAACGGCUUCCAGUGCCUCUGCCUGCCAGGCUUCUCUGGAAACCUGUGCCAGCUGGACAUUGACUACUGUGAGCCCAGUCCGUGCCAGAACGGUGCCCAGUGCUUCAACCUGGCCAAUGACUACUUCUGUAACUGCCCCGAGGACUACGAGGGCAAGAACUGCUCCCACCUGAAGGACCACUGCCGCACCACCCCCUGCCAGGUGAUUGACAGCUGCACGGUUGCUGUGGCAUCCAACAGCACCCCGGGAGGUGUGCGUUUCAUCUCCUCGAACGUGUGCGGCCCUCACGGCCGCUGCCGGAGCCACGCUGGGGGACACUUCAGCUGCGCCUGCCAGGAGGGCUUCACCGGCACCUACUGCCACGAGAAUAUCAAUGACUGUGAGAGUAACCCGUGCCGUAAUGGGGGGACCUGCAUAGACAAAGUCAGUGUGUACCAGUGCAUAUGUGCCGACGGCUGGGAGGGCGCCAACUGUGAGACCAACAUCGAUGACUGCAGCACCAAUCCCUGUCGAGAGCGGGGCACCUGUCGGGACCUUGUGAACGACUUCUACUGCGAGUGCCACAGCGGCUGGAAGGGAAAGACCUGUCACUCACGUGAGAGCCAGUGCGAUGAAGCCACGUGCAACAACGGCGGGACGUGCUACGACGAAGGAGACACCUUCAAGUGCAUGUGUGCGCCCGGCUGGGAGGGAGCCACCUGUAACAUCGCCAAGAACAGCAGCUGCCUGCCCAGUCCGUGUGAGAACGGAGCCACCUGCGUAGUCAGCGGCGACUCAUUCACCUGCGUCUGCAAGGAAGGCUGGGAAGGACUCACCUGCACCCAGAACUCCAAUGACUGCAACCCACACCCCUGCUACAACAGCGGGACAUGCGUCGACGGAGAUAACUGGUACCGCUGUGAGUGUGCUCCGGGUUUCGCUGGACCAGACUGCAGAAUAAACAUUAAUGAGUGCCAGUCUUCACCCUGUGCGUUUGGGGCCACCUGUGUGGACGAGAUUAACGGCUACCGCUGCCUGUGCCCUGCUGGUAGGACGGGACCCAAGUGCCAAGAAGUGACGGGUCGGCCAUGUAUCACCAGCACACGGGUCGCUGCUGACGCCACAAAGUGGAUGGAGGAUUGCAACACCUGCCAAUGUCACAAUGGCAAAAUCUCCUGCACCAAGAUGUACUGCGGGCCCAGAGCCUGCCGCGUCCACGCCAAGGGUCGGUCCGAGUGCCCGGUGGGACAGACCUGCGUGCCCGUAAGAGACGAGCGCUGCUUCGUCAAGCCGUGCGCCAGUCAGGGCGAGUGCUGGUCGUCGCACCGGGGCCCGCUGCGCGCCAAGUGUCAUCCCGAGGGCAACUGUGCCAACGUCACCUUCACCUUCAACAAGGACACCAUGCCCAAGGGCGUGACAGUCGAGCACAUAUGCAAUGAACUGAGGAGCUUGUACGUGGUGAGGAAUCUUUCCUCGGAGUACCCCAUUGCCAUGAGUUGUGAGCCAUCUCCCACUGCCAACAAUGAGAUCCACGUGGCCAUCUCGACUGAAGACCCGAGGAGCAGCCACGGCCCAAUCAAGGAGAUCACUGACAAGAUCAUUGACCUGGUGAGCAAGCGCAACGGCAACAGUACCAUCAUCACCGCCAUCGCCGAGGUCCGUGUGCAGCGAAGGCAGGCCCACAAUCCCACUGACUACCUGGUUCCCCUACUGGUUUCCGUGGUGAUCGUGAUCUGGGUCCUGGUCUUGGCGUCGGCGUUCCUCUGGUGCGUCCGGCGCCGCCGUAAGCAGAGCAGCCACACUGGCGGCUCUCCUGUCAAUCCCGUCUCCUCCUCGUCUGGCUCCGGCUCCUCCGCCUCGUCUUCGCUGGCCAUGUCCGAGGAGAACAACGCCGUCAACAACGCCCGCGAGCAGCUGCACCAGAUCCGCAACCCCAUUGAGAAGAAUGCCAACGCCAACGCCCUAGCCAUCGCCGUCGCUGCUGCAACCGCCUCGGCCGCCGCUCUGCCUCCCGGCAAGGACCCGCAUGUCGGCAACAGCGACAAGAACGCCGCCAAGAACACCAAAAAAAUCAGGACAGCACACAACAAGCCCGAGCCGGUGGGUGAGCUGUCAGAUGACGAGGAGUCGACGACGACCAGCGACAAGCGUCUGCAGAAGGCGCGGUUCCCACUGCAGCCGGCGUACACGCUAGUGGACCGCGACGAGAAGAGCGCUAACGGCACAGCCGCUAACACGUCCACCGCGGCCAAGCAUGCCCACUGGACUAGCAAGCGAGACAACAGAGACCUGGAAUCCCAGCAAAGCUUAAACCGCAUGGAGUACAUCGUAUAGCCAACCCCCCACCCCACCCCACCCCACCCACCCCAUCUUCUCCCCCUCGUUGAAACACAACAACAGGAGGAGAAAAUGGCAAAACCACAACAUUUGGUUGUUAGCGGGAACUAAGAGUGAGCACCCUCAAAUCAGUUCAGGCUCAGGAAGGGCUUGGAGGGUCUUUCAAAGGGUUUCUUAAAAACCAUUAUGUUGCAUUCCUGAGAGUAAAGAUGAUAAUUUUUUUCACAAGCUGAAAAUGACGAGUUAAAUAAACAAACAAACAAAAUCAAUCGACUAAACAAAACGAACAAAGUAAAGAAGAAAAAAAAAUUGUCUUUGUUUGAAUUUAUAUCCAGACAAGCCGGCUCACCCUGGCAAAUGAAAAACAAAAAAAUAAGGGGUUGCUGCGAUCUGCCAGGUCUUCUUCAGAUGUACUUUAAAGCGUCUCUGCUGCGAUACUUGUUUGAUCAGAGCUGGACUCCAGUCCAGGGGGUUCGAGAUGCAACCAAUGGCGAGGCCUUAAAUCAAAGAUCAGAGGUCAUAUCGACCAGGCUAAUAGUGUCAGACAAGCAGUUUAAAAAAGUGCCUUCGCUGCACCUAUUCCACAGCAACCAUCGGAAAGAUUUUAUUAUUUAUUGUUAUUCUUUUUAUUUUAUUAUUUCCUUGGUUUCUGCUUUCGGUUUUUUUUUCGUUUUAUUUUAUUUUUGUUGUUUCUUUAGGCGGGCAGGCCGGUCGAUCAGAUGGAGUCAGGGUCAGCUGUUGCUGGCAAUAUGAAGAAUUUACAUGUCAAAUUUAGAAUGUUUGUGUAGAUAUGUACAUAUUUUUUAAAAAUUAAUCAUUGUGUAUAUUUGAUUUAUUAACUUAAUAAUCAAGAGCCUUAAAAAUAUCAUUCCCUUCUGUUUUUUUUUCUGUAUUUAUAUGCCUUUGUUUAGAUUUGAAGGUUUGACAGCUUUGUAAGCUCGCAACUUCUUAUUUUUGACAGAUGAUAUUGUUUCAACAUUUCGUAAAUGCCAAAAGUGUUCUUGAGAUAAUAGUUUAUUUUUAACGAUAGAAUGGGCAUUUGUUUGCCUGGAAUUAAAAGAAAGCAACAAACACACACAAUCUCUCUCUCUCACACACACACACACACACACACACACACACACACACACACACA